GGGGGCGGUAACCGGAACCCGGAGGGAAAGGCUCGUGGAGUCGGCGAGAACUGGUAGCCAAGAUGAAGGUGAAGAUGCUCAGUCGGAACCCGGACAACUAUGUCCGCGAAACCAAGUUGGACUUACAGAGAGUUCCCAGAAACUAUGAUCCUACCUUACAUCCUUUUGAGGUCCCACGAGAAUAUGUAAGAGCAUUAAAUGCUACCAAACUGGAACGGGUAUUUGCAAAACCAUUCCUUGCUUCUCUGGAUGGUCACCGAGAUGGAGUCAAUUGCUUGGCAAAGCAUCCAAAGAGCCUGGCUACUGUUCUCUCUGGUUCAUGUGAUGGAGAGGUCAGAAUUUGGAACCUGACCAAACGAAACUGUAUUCGUACAAUACAAGCACACGAAGGUUUUGUACGAGGAAUAUGUACUCGUUUUUGUGGGAGUUCUUUUUUUACAGUUGGUGAUGACAAAACUGUGAAGCAUUGGAAAAUGGAUGGACCAGGCUUUGGAGAAGAGGAAGAACCAUUGCAUACAAUAUUAGGAAAGACAGUGUAUACAGGAAUUGAUCAUCACUGGAAAGAAGCUAUUUUUGCCACAUGUGGACAGCAAGUGGACAUUUGGGAUGAACAAAAAACCAGUCCUAUAUGCUCAAUGACCUGGGGAUUUGACAGUAUCAGUAGUGUUAAAUUUAACCCAAUUGAGACAUUUCUCUUGGGAAGUUGUGCUUCUGACAGGAAUAUAGUACUAUAUGAUAUGAGGCAAGCUACUCCUCUGAAAAAGGUCAUCUUAGAUAUGAGAACAAAUACAAUUUGUUGGAACCCUAUGGAAGCUUUCAUUUUCACUGCAGCAAACGAAGAUUACAACUUAUAUACUUUUGAUAUGCGUGCACUGGACACUCCUGUAAUGGUGCACAUGGAUCACGUAUCUGCGGUGCUUGAUGUGGAUUACUGUCCCACUGGGAAAGAGUUUGUGUCUGCUAGUUUUGAUAAAUCUAUUCGAAUCUUUCCUGUGGACAAAAGUAGAAGCAGGGAAGUAUAUCACACAAAGAGAAUGCAACAUGUUAUCUGUGUAAAAUGGACUUCUGACAGCAAGUACAUUAUGUGUGGAUCUGAUGAAAUGAACAUUCGUCUUUGGAAAGCUAAUGCUUCUGAAAAAUUGGGUGUGCUUACAUCACGAGAAAAGGCAGCCAAAGAUUAUAACCAGAAGUUGAAGGAAAAAUUUCAACAUCAUCCUCAUAUAAAACGUAUCGCUCGUCACCGACAUCUACCAAAAUCUAUCUACAGCCAGAUUCAAGAACAGCGAGUCAUGAAAGAAGCUCGGCGACGGAAGGAAGUGAAUCGUCUCAAACAUAGCAAGCCUGGAUCUGUGCCAAUCGUGUCAGAGAAGAAGAAACACAUAGUAGCAGUUGUGAAAUAAUGUUUGGUAUUCCUACCAAUACUGAUGUAUCAUUAUUUGUUACAUUUUGAUUUGCAAACUCUACAAAUAAAAAUACAGUUAAUCCUUGAACAACAUGGGUUUGAAUUGGCCAGAUCCACUUAUAUGAAGUUUUUUUCAAUAAAUAUACAGUUGGCCCUUAGUGUUCCCAGGUUGUGCAUCCAUGGAUUCAACCAACCUUGGAACAAAAUAGUUUUUUCUAUUUGAGGUUGGGAACCCUUGAAUGCGGAGGGCCGACUGAAGCUAUAUGUGGAUUUUCGACUGCUCAUGGGGUCGGCGCCCCAGUCCCAUGUUGUUCAAGGGUCAGCUGUACUGGCUCUAGUAUACUAGACAGUUUAGUUAUAUGUGUAACUUUAUCAUUGCUCACUUUGGCUACCCUGAAAAAUUAUCUUUUGAAGGUGGCCUGGUUGAUAAAACUAUCCAACAUUUUAUCCUUGAUCUGCUUACUUAUUUCAUUGAAGAAUACAGAGCAUUUGCAAACUAACUUAUUUUUUCUGUUAGGAAUUACAAAUAUACUUUCACUCUAAUGUAUUAUUGUAGACACUAUACAUUUGAUUUAUAUUUUAGACCAAACAUCUCUUGUAUUACCUUUAAUGUUACUUUAAGUAAUUAUUGCAAUGAUUCUUCCUAGGAUUUUACAUAACACAUAGAAAAAU